GGAUAUGUUUCUCGGCCGUUGCUUGCUUUUAGCGGCGGUACAAAAAUGGCCAACGUCAGAUGCGGUGAACUGUCGGUGCCUUUUUUAUUAAACUGUCCUUUUUAUUAACAAAGCAACAGAGUAAACAAUGCGAGUCAUAGCGGCGCUAGCUGAAACCGGAGCUAACGGGCGGUAAUUAGCUUGUUCCCGGCCGUCAGAGUAGCUCUGUGUCCGGCUGAAGCAGAUGGGAUCCUCGGUGUAUUUGGGUAAAAGGCGGAAGACUGCGUAUCAACCAACAGACCGAACCAGAGAUGCUAUAAAGCUACAGCCGCUAGCCAGCUAACUAUUUGUUGCAAGAUGCUGGUAAACGGCAGCCGAUUCACCAGGAUUUAAGGAUAACACAGGAAACUUUUCGACAGACGACAUCCUACUUUAUGGAGCCACAACAGGACGACUUGAACUGAGACGGCUUUAAUACUCGGCUUGAAACAGCGCUCUUCGGACCUCAGGAUGGCGAGCAGGAGGAAAUCCACCACACCGUGUAUGGUUCCUCCACGAGGAACCGUUGACUCGGAUCAGGAGAUGGAGGACGUCACAGAUACAGCUGAGACAGAGAACAGUAACGGCGUGGCGACCAUCUCCUCAGAGGUUUCUGGUCUGUUGGAGGAGCGGGGCGAGGACGCAGAUUUCAGACAGGUCUCAGACCACUAUCUGGACUCGAACAUGGCAGAGGGGGGCUACGAGUGCAAAUACUGCAGCUUCCAGACGACAGAGCUCAACCUGUUCACCAUGCAUGUGGACACGCAGCAUCCCGAUGUUGUCAUCAACACCUCCUACGUCUGCAUGGAGUGUGACUACCACACCAAGAGUUAUGACACUCUGCUGGCCCACAAUGCUCGUCUCCACCCGGGCGAGGACAACUUCACACGGACGAUGGUGAAGCGAAACAACGAGACCAUCUUCCAGCAGACGGUCAACGACCUCACCUUCGAUGGCAGCUUUGUCAAAGUGGAGGAUGACGAGGCAGAAGAGACGUCCCGCAAAGGCAUCGCCCUCAGCAAGACGCCCAUCAUGAGGAUCAAGAGCAGGCCGGAACCCAAGAAGUUCACCGCCUCGCACAAAAUGGCCGUCGACGACGUCAUCAAAGUGGAAAGCGACGAUGAGGAUGACGAGAACAAGGAGCCGCCUACGCUCUCUCCCGCCCCGAUGACCCCCGCCACAGUCGCCCCUCGCCUCAUCCCCGUCUCCACGCCAAUGCAAGUGCAGGCCGUCCCGCAGAGCAUCCUGGUCAACAGUCCCAACGUGCUGCAGAUUAAAGGCAGCUCGGGUGGCGGCGCCGUGCUGCCGCCUGGGACGCUGGCUCAGGUUCUGUCGGCCCUGCAGAACCAGCAGAACAGCACUCAGACGCAGACUCAGCUCCUCAUCCCCAUCAGCAGCAUCCCCACCUACAACACGGCCAUGGACAACAACGUCCUGCUGGUCACCGCCUACAACAGGUUUCCGUAUCCCUCGGUGUCGGAGAUCAUGGGCUUGUCUUCGCAGACAAAGUUCAGCGAGGAGCAGAUUAAGGUCUGGUUUUCUGCUCAGAGGCUGAAACACGGAGUCAGCUGGACGCCGGAGGAGGUGGAGGAGGCGAGGAGGAAGAAGUUUAACGGCACGGUGCAGACCGUCCCUCAGACCAUCACCGUCAUCCCCGCCAACAUCGCUGCAGCCACCAACGGCCUGCAGUCCAUCUUCCAGACCUGCCAAAUCGUCGGUCAGCCGGGCCUCGUCCUCACUCAGGUGGCCGGUAACAGCAGCACCAUGCCGGUCGCCUCUCCCAUUACCCUGACAGUCGCAGGUGUCCCCGGCAACCAGCCCAAAGCCGCCGAACCGUCAACGUCAGAAUCAAAGACUGAGAUGUCGGCCAGCACAGCGCUCAGUUUGGAUGCAUCGGCAACCAAACCGAAGAAGUCCAAGGAGCAGCUGGCGGAGCUGAAGGCGAGCUACGGCAGGAGGCAGUUCGCCACAGAGGGGGAGAUAUCGCGACUCAUGCAGGUCACCAAACUCUCCAAACGAGCAAUAAAGAAGUGGUUCAGCGACACGCGCUACAACCAGAGGAACUCGAAGGAUCACCACGGUGUCCUGCUGAGCGAAACCUCGUCUAGCAGAGCGGCAACGCCAGGAGGAGGCAGAGGAGGAAGGCACAGCAGCGGCAGCCUUAACGACAGCAACAACAGCGACAACAACGCCACCAUUGUCAUCGACUCCAGUGACGACGCCAGCGAUUCCUCCCCGACUUCUGCCAACGUCAUGGGGUCGUUCGGUUCCUCCAGCGACCCGCGGGUCAAAUUCCGCCAUGCCUUCCCUGACUUCACGCCGCAGAAGUUCAAGGAAAAGACUCCGGAGCAGCUGUUCAUCCUGGAGGCCAGCUUCCAGAAAUCAGACACGCCCUCGGACGAGGAGCUGAGCCGGCUGCGUGCGGAGACGAAGUUGACGCGACGUGAGGUGGACGCUUGGUUCACUGAGAGGCGGAAAAUGCCUUCAGGGGCACAGUCAAAGGACGAUGACGUGGAGGGGGACGGCGAGAAGGGGAAACCAGCUGCUGUGCCUUCAUCCUCGGCUCAGGAGAGGCAGACAACGCCACCCGUUGGCAGGAAGACCAUGAAGAAGACGCCAGAGCAGCUCCACAUCCUGAAGAAGGCCUUCGUCCGCACACAGUGGCCCACGCCCGAGGAGUACGACCAGAUGGCGGAGGACAGCGGUCUGCCGAGGACGUACAUCGUCAACUGGUUCGGAGACACACGCUACGCCUGCAAGAACAGCAACCUGAAGUGGUACUACCUCUACCAGAGUGGAAAGGUGGACGAGGCGCUGAACGGUGGAGCUAAGAGCCAGAAGAAGUCCAGGAAGCGUUUCCGUGGUUGGUCCAGGAGGACACGCCGGCCGUAUCCCUGCAAACGCUCUCCACAGGGGGGCGCCACCGCCAUCAAGGUGAAGUCCGGUAAGGCGUUUCUGAAGGACUACUACCUCAAACACCGGGCCCUGAGUGAGAAAGAUCUGGACGAUCUGGUGGCCAAGUCCAGCAUGAGCUACGAGCAGGUGAGGGACUGGUUCUCUGAGACCGCCAGGAGGGUGGAGGAGGGCAAGGAGCCCUUCAGUGAUGAGGGGGAGGAAGAGGAGGACGAGGAAGAAGAAGAAGAGGAGGAGGAAGAGGCAGCAGAGCAUGGAGACAGUGAAGGAGAGAUGGAGGUGAAAGAACAAGGAGAGGAGGCCACUGACGACGACUGCAACGAGGAAGAAGAAGAGGAGGAGGAGAAGGAGGAGGAAGCCGAGGAGAAGGUGGAGGACGGCGAAACGAUACAGGAGGAAUCUGAAGGUGUCGGCCAAUCACAGCCUCAGGCAGAGGAGCAGACAUGAGCAGACAGCAUUAAUGUUGCUUCCCCCACUUUGGAGACAACAUGGAGGACGAUAUGAGUCAGUGUUUCUCAGCUUGUGGGUCGGGACCCAAAGACGGCCGGACGGAGUCACAGCUCAGAUGGAUGACGUGUUACGACAGGUUUGUGCCUUGGAGAUGAACUUUGGGUCCUGAUGCAGCUGAGAAGCACUGAGGUGACGGAGCUGAAUAAAUGGACAAAGCGUCAGGAUAUAGUUUGUUUCUGCUGAUGAACUGUGGGGACCAACCCAACGUGCAGGGCGACGCCUCUCACCAAACGUCAGCACGAGAGUAAGUUCUGGCUUUGCUCCUGUACAAAUAACAAGGCUUUUAUUCUGGCCUUUUGUCAUAUUUCUUACAAUGAAAAAAAAAAAAAUCCAAAACAUUUCUAAGAGGUGAGGCCUCACAUGGAUUUCUCUUGAAUAUAAAAUAACUUUUUUCAGAAUAUCAGACCUUUUUUCUCUCAAGGGAACGUCCUCUCCCCAAACCCAACACAGAAAACAUUUUGCUGUUCUGAAAGAAAAAGGUUUUUAAAACCAUACUUUUUUUGUGAAUAGACAAAUUAGUGCCAUUCUGUUUUCUAAGUUUUUGUUUUAAAAUUAAAAAAAAAAAAAAAAAUCUGUGCUGGAAUUAAUUCCACGUCAACAUUUUAACUUUUUGUAUAUAUUUUUUUCAAGUGAUUUGUUAAGUCUGAACGACAAUAUAAUGGGGACUGAAUCCAUUAUACUAUUAUGAGUUAUUUUCUUUAUGGUGAUAAUUUCCAUGUCAGCAGGUGUUUGGGUCCAUUCAGUUUCAAUGACAUCAGUUCAGUUUGUGAAUUUAACACACAGAUCACAAAAAGGGAAAAUCCACCUUAAAACUCUUCAUUAAACAAUUGGUGCAUAUUUAGCGUUGUUAAAAUGUCUAACCAGAGUUAUUAAUAACUACAUAGUGGACUUAAGUUAACGACCAUCCAUUGUACACCACAUUUAUAGUUGCAUUGUGGGAUCAUUGAACAGUUAUUUACCAUCAUAAAUGCACAGAAAACUUCCGAAACAGCCAAACUAAUAUUAGAGUUUUUGAGACUCUAAAAUCCAAUAAUAUAUUAACAUUUUUAUUAAAUAUAAUUCCUAAAUUUGGAACUGAGACCAAAAUAUGUACAGAGGACAUUUAACAGUGUAAAAAUAAACGUAUCAGUGCUCUCUGGUGGACAAACUCUGUAACGGUUUCUAAUAAACUUCAGACAUAUAUACUGAUAUAAUCAAUGAUACUGUAUCGGUCAGGCUUUAAGUUCGACAGCUGAUGAAUGAUCAGCAUAGUGUCGGGAUUUAGUUUUUGACUUUGCCACUGGACACACUCGUGCCAGUUUAUUAGGUACACCUAGGCGCGUUAUAAUGUUCAGUUUCUGUUGAUUCAACUGUAUGAUCAUUUUGGAGGAUGUCGUUGGGCGUGAUGGUGACUUCCAAACAUGCCGAUUUGGUCCGACAGAACUGGUUUACUAAAACAGUCCAGAUCAUGAAACUUGUUUCUAUCCAGGUAGAGUUCGGCACACUUUACUUUCAAUUAUUACUGUUUCUCUCUGUUACACCAUGACCGGCUUUCUACACACUCACCUCCUUUGACUGAAAGCAGCAAGUUCAAGGGUCUUCUGAGGCUUGUUGAAAGGCAUUCUGGGAAAUGUAGGAACUCUGGUGGAAAUAGAAUAGGCAGAGAGAGAGACAGGGUUCACCAAAAUGAUGGAAAAUACAACAAAACACAAAUCAUGAACUAAAACCCUCAGCGAAUGUUACAAAAUAAAAGAUGUGUUUUGAAGGUGGAUUUUUCCUUUGACGUCCAGCUCCACAUGAAGGCUCUGAGAAGACUUUUUAGAAGCCAUUUUAGACUCGUUCCCAAAUAGUUUUUUAUUUGGGUGAGGGUCUUUUUAAACAACAAGCAGAUUUAUCAGAGUUGAUCAGCUUGAAAGGGAGAUGAACCCAAAUACUGUUUGUGUCCUUGUCCAAAAGAAAACAAAAAAGGCAUGUGUGCUCUUCUUCAGGAAACAGGCAACUUUACCUCAGUCAGUUAAGCUACAAACUCGGUAAGAUUGUGACAUUUACAAUUUACAGUUUUCUUUUUUCUAGAGAAUUAAAUACUGUAUGCAUGAAAAUACAAGUACACAAUAAUAAUUAUGUCUUUCAGAUGGCGUUUUUUUUUUUUGUCCUCGCCACCAAAGUAAGUGAAUAUCUUUAAAAAGAAAAAAGAAGACAUAGUUAUUAGUGCAUUUAUUUGCUCAAAUACGGGUGAACUAGUAAACAAUAUCUUUCAGGUUUUCCACAAGAAUUACAGACGAUAUUUUAGGGACGAGAAACCACAAGCACUUGGCUCGGUUCCCACGGGAACAUUUUAACUUUUCAUAUGUGGGGGUAAAAAAAGAAAUAAGCUUUUAUUUUGCUUUUCUCUGCUCUCUCUUCCUGUGUUUACUGAACCGUGUAGGACUCUGUUAGGAUAUGCAAACAUUAAAGAACAAUCAGCAGGUAGAGUGGUAGUGAAUUGUCAAAUCAGCUUCUCUUCGAUUGGGUUUUUUUAAGUGAUUUCAUCAGCGACGUGGGAUCCUUAUAUGAGCUCUGUAAUUUUGCAAAGUUACGCCUUUCUGCCAUUCUUUAAAUUGCUUUAAUAGCCAACAGUUUUUAGUAGUUAAUUUAUUUAUUAUUAUUAUUAUUAUUAUUAUUAUAUCUGGACUGUCAUGGAUAUGUUUUUAUGUCUGCAAGCAAAGAAAUAAAAAGUGAAAAAACA